CCAUCCAUAAAACCGUGUCCUGCUGUUUCGUGUGGUUUUCGUUUUGCAGCCCUUUUUUUUGUAUUUAUAGUCUUGGAUCAUCUUAUCGCACCCAGAAACCCAGGGCAGAGGCAAAACUUCAAUUUAGGGUUUUCACCGGGAGAGAUAACAGCAGCAGAAGCAACCAUGGGUGGAGGCAACGGCCAGAAGGCUAAGAUGGCCCGUGAGAAGAACUUGGAGAAAUCGAAAGCUGCCAAGGGAAGUCAGCUUGAUUCCAACAAGAAGGCCAUGACCAUACAGUGCAAGGUAUGCAUGCAGACAUUCAUUUGCACCACGUCGGAGGUGAAGUGCAGGGAACAUGCCGAAGCAAAACAUCCCAAAGCCGAACUUGUUGCAUGUUUUCCGCACCUUAAGAAGUGAUAUGACGCUGGCUGCGACACAACUUUAGGAUAUGUUGAAACUUCGUCUCUAAUAUGUGAACGUGUUUGAAGCUGUUCCAGUGUGGUGAUAUCUGAGAAUGUUCCAAUCUGCUGUUGCUUACUUGGCUUGAAACUGUUUGUGGAGUUAUGUUCAUUGUAUUACCUUUCUCUUCGAUCGAGUAUUGCUUCCAUCAUAUAUGUUGGUCGUGUUAUAGGUUCGAUUGGUUAGAAAAAAAAAAUGAUAGAGUGAAAAUGAUAAAAAAUAAAGUGAAAGAAAAGAAAAUUAUAGAAAAUAUAUUUUCAUGGAUGUAUUUGAUUAGGAUGAAAAAAUUACAAGAAAGUCUAAAAAAAAAUUUAU